AUGAAACGCGGCGGCGCGGCGGGCCGCCCGGGCCAGUCAGCCUCGCGCCCCGCGCCGGCCGCCCGUGUGCCGAGCGUGGAGAGCCUCGCCCACCGAGCCCAGUGCCGUGCCUGUGUCGUGCCGCGCCGGAUCGCGCCUUGUCGCGCCGCGCCGCGUCGUGUCGCGCCGUGUCGCGAGAGCGGCGCGCUUCUCAACGCAGCCUCUGAACAUGCCACGGGCUACACUGUUGCGCGAAGCCAGGUUGGUCACCAGCACACCACGCUU